CAGGCCACGGUCCGCCGAGUGAGGGGCGAGGCGCCUGCCGGCCCCGCCCCUCAGGCCGGCCCCACCCACCAGAGCAGCCCCGCUCCUGCCGUGGCGUGGCCGGGCGCGGCGCGAGGUGGGCGCUGCCGCGCCAGCAGCCCUGUGGCGGCGACAACGAUGGAUCCCGAGUCGGUGAGCCGUGCGGAAGGAGGAGAAGCGGUAGCAGCUUCGGGAGCUGCGGCUGCCGCGACGUUCGGGGAAUCGGGUCGGCAGAUGAAUAGUGAAAGAGGCUUUGAAAAUGUAGAACUGGGAGUCAUAGGAAAGAAGAAGAAAGUCCCGAGGAGAGUUAUCCACUUUGUUAGUGGUGAAACAAUGGAAGAAUACAGCACAGAUGAAGAUGAAGUUGAUGGCCCAGAGAAGAAAGAUGUUUUGCCUACUGUUGAUCCGACAAAACUUACCUGGGGCCCCUACUUAUGGUUUUAUAUGCUUCGAGCUGCCACAUCAACCCUUUCAGUGUGUGACUUUCUUGGAGAGAAGAUUGCAUCUGUUUUGGGCAUUAGCACCCCAAAAUACCAAUAUGCCAUUGAUGAGUAUUACCGGAUGAAGAAGGAGGAAGAAGAAGAAGAAGAGGAAAACAGGAUGCCUGAGGAAGCAGAAAGACAAUAUAAGCAGAAUAAACUGCAGGCUGAUCCCAUUGUCCAGACAGAUCAACCAGAAACAAUGGUAUCCAGUUCAUUUGUGAAUCUCAAUUUUGAAAUGGAGGGAGACUGUGAAGUAAUUAUGGAAAGCAAACAAAACCCAGUCUCUGUCCCACCAUAGAAUGACUAUCAAACUUCAAAUUCUAGGGUUUUUAUAAUACCAGGAACUUUCACAUUCUUUAUUCAGUGGGACUUAAUACAGUUAUUUAUAUUUUAAAUUAUUAAGUUAUCUGGAAAGGGAAAAAUGUUUCUUCAUUCUUAGGCUCUAUCUAGCAAAAGCCAGAUCUGAAAUUUGAUUAUUCGUACUAUGCUUUUACUGUGUGUCAAAUUAGUGCUUUGGUUUUAGAAUGUUCUUUAAAAAAACUAAGGACAUUGUAGAGCCCUAAUUGCCAAAAAUAAGAGUUAAAUUAUCAAGCUUGUCUGCUGUGUUUGUAAGAAAAAAAUAGUUAAAUUACUGAUUAAGACUAAUUGGAGCUGAUUUUCCUAGUCUCCGAUUAAAAUGAGGAUUUCCCCCCCUAGAUUUCUCAUGUUGUCUUACAUUUAUAUAUCUAACCAUUAAUUUCAUACUAAGGAUGGUUCACUGAGUGUAUAAUAAAAGGAGCAAGAUAAAAGCACUUUGAUUUUUCUUUCCUUGAGAAUAUUUCAUGAAAAGGUAAUUGAGUUUAUAAUAACACCAAUUCUAAGAUGGGUUUCCUUUUUUUGGGGGGUUUCCAUUUUUUAAUGGUUUCUUACCCUUUUUUUUCCAGCAGUUAUUCAAAUUAAAUAACUAGCUUUGAACAUGUUAAAAACACUAGUUAUAGGAUGUAUUUAUUAAUGUAUUUGUAUUCAAGUGGUAACACCUAGUGAUUAUCCACAUGGCAUCCUGAUUUUGUCAUUCAGUGGACCCUGAAUGCUUCUUGUGGGUCAGCAGUUGGGAGGGAAGUGGGUGGGGUGAGGGACAGAUGAAGAUUUGACCCUUCAGGGGCAUACUGUUCAAUACUGUACAAGGUCCAGGGUAGCAUAGUAAGGUUUCCAAUCAUUCUCUUCUUUGAAGUAGCAACAGUAAAAGUGGACAGUUUACUUAACCCAGGUUUGGCCUCUAGAGCCCACUGUGCCAUGAGCAAAGCUUACAAAAGUAUAAUAUGAAACUAACUUUGAAAAUAUUCCUAAAUAUAUGCUUAUAAUCUUGAGAGAUCUGUAUGACUUAUGACUUUGAUUUAUAACUAAAUGUGGGUAAGGAAGAAUGUAUGAAAUAUUUCAGAAAUGCUGCUCUUAAAAGCCUAAUCACAGAUUUAGAGCUUUCAGAGAUUAAAGGUUGUUCUAAACAACAUUAAGCUGUCAGUCUUAAAUAUUUUUAUAUAAAAUAUGGCUUCAAAGAAACUUAUAGGUACAGUGGACCUAUUAUGAAAUCUAUUAUCAGUGAACAUGAACAUUUGGCUAAGUUCUUCAACUGAAAUCUGAAGGAUUUAGGAAACAUAAUUUUUCAUUUGCAAUCUUCAGUUACAUGGAUUUGUGGUACAGUAGUUCAUGCAUGGUAUGUGAUGGUAAUUUUUUGGUCAUGGCUAUAAACUCUUUAGUACCUUUAAGGGAUUAAUCUUCAGAUUAUGUAUUUAUGUCACCAUAAAUAGUUUACCAGUAGCUCUAAAACAUGCUAACCUGACCUCUUCCCUCUAAUUUGUUUUUAACUUGAGAUAGGAUUUCCAACUCAGAUAUUUAUUGGGUUAUCCAGUGAAGGCAUGCAUAUCUAAAGAUCUGAAUCCUUUCUCCCUAGAUCUGAAAGUUUACCUAGAAACUUUUCUGAUUAUAGUAGAAGGAAGAUUAUGAAAAUUUUGUUUCUUAAAUUUCACUUUCUUUAAUUGUCCCAACAGUGGCCAGUUUGUAAUGUUUAUAUAGUUAUUCACUGUGCCUUAAAUUUUUAUACUUUAUUUAUGCAAAUUAUAAAAUUUCCCAGAAAUGAAUUAAAUGGUUUUGUCUUAUUUUUAA